AGGCGUGGACAUCCGCUGGUGCACACAUCCAUGCACCGCCGCUCCGCAACAACUCACCCGGAGCAAAGAUGCGCGAAGAGGAGGACGGCGGCGGCGGUGGCGAGGGUGAGGCGAGCCCGGGCACCUGUCCGCGCAUGGUCCCCUCCAAGUCCCUGGACGUGCCCGAGGCGGAGGGCGCGGGGCAGCAGGCCUCCAAACUCUGCGGGUACCUCACCAAACAGUCCGGGAAAGGGCCUCUGAGGGGGUACAAGCCGCGCUGGUUCGUCUACGACCCCAGAAAGUGUUAUCUGUACUACUUCAAGACUCCCCAGGACGCGCUGCCCCUCGGACACAUCGACAUCAGCGACGCCUGCUUCAGCUACGACCUGGAGGGAGAGGAGGGCCAGUUCGAGAUAAGGACCGCGGGGAAGGAGUUUCUGCUCAAGGCUCCCAGCAGACAGGUGAUGCACUUCUGGCUCCAGCAGCUGCAGCAGAAGCGUUGGGAGUACAGCAACACCCGAGGGUCCGGACAGAGAGACAGCUGGAGCUCCCCCAUCACCGCCGACCCCCCCACCGGCCUCGUCCACAACGACAACGACGGCGUGGUGUUUGAGAAGUUCAAUGACAGUAUGGAGAAGGUGCGCAGUGACUUCGCCCUGGAGGCCGAGGUGGACAGCGCCGUGGGGGACAGUCCCUCGUCCAGGGGUCCCACCGGGGCCCCCGCCAACCCGCUCAACACGCUGCGGAACAUCGGCACUGAGCUCAGAAACUCCAUGUCGUCUCUGCGGUCGGGGCGGGACAGCAGGAGGAGUGUGUUCUACACGGCCAACAGCAGCACCGUGGACGAGUGGGAGCUGCUGGACGCUCCUCCCAAAGACGUGACCACCGAAGGAAAACACAACGAGGCCCACAGACAUUCCUUCGGCUCGACGUUCCCCUUUGACUUCGGGCGUAACUCCAGUCGGAAUAAGCGUCCGCUGCUGCCGGGGCGACCGGGGCGGGGCAGUGCGGACAUGUCUGUGGAGUGUAACGGCAGCCGACCCGUGGACCUGCAGCAGCGCCUCCAGAACCAGCAGGAGGAGCUGUGCCGACUGCAGCAGGAGCAGACGCAGCUCAGAGAGGAGCUGCUCACACACAAGGAGCUGGUGAGGCUUCUGCAGCAGACCCUCCGGACCUCUCAGUGUGACUGGCAGGCUUUACGACGAGGACCUCAGACCUCCGCUCCGUCGGACCCGAACUCGCCCGCCCCCGAGCACCCGGAGCCCCCCCCCGCCGUCGCUCCGGAGGCCCCGUCCCAGCUGGAGCGCCUCCUGCAGGACAGAGACGCGCAGAUCCAGUCUCUGUGUGGACACAUGGAGCGUCUGGCUCUGGAGAAGGACAGUCUGCAGAAGGAGCUGAAGGGGCUGAAGCUCAAAGUCGGGGAGAUGAACGAGCAGCUGGGGAUGCUCAUGGAGACCAUCCAGGCCAAGGACGAGGUCAUCAUGAAACUGUCCCAGGAACAGAGCUCGGAGGGCGGGCACAGCGAACCCGGGUCCCCCCCCUUCACCAGGGACCAGAACGAAGUGGACAUCCUCAAGGACAGUCUUCAGGGCUACAAAACGCAAAACAAGUUUCUGAACAAAGAGAUUCUGGAGCUGACGGUUUUACGCCGGAACUCGGAGAGCAGAGAGAGAGCCCUGGAAGCAAAGUGCACGGCUCUGGAGGCGAAGCUGUGUCAGGUGGAGAGUAAAUACCUGGUGCUGCUGCAGGAGGUGAAGACUCCGGUGUGCGGCUCCGAGCAGAGUCCAGCUCGAGAGGUGAUCUCCAGACUGUUGGAGGACGCGCUGCAGGGAGAAGGACCCGAGCACGACCAGCUCCUGCUCAAACCCAACACUGUCAGUGAAUACGACGUGUUCGGGUUCAAGACGGUGCCGGAGGAGGAGGAAGAGGAGGAGAGGCUGGUGGCGAAGGUGCGCGCGCUGGAGCUGAAGACUUUGGCGAUGACGGACCAGGAGGUGUCUGUGGGCGUGAAGUGGGAGAACUACCUGACGGGAACCAUGAACCGAAACCUGACCCGCUCCCCCGAACUGAAGAGUCUGGUGCGCUGCGGUGUGCCUCACGAACACCGCUCCAAACUGUGGCGGUGGGCGGUCUCCUUCCACGUCAAGAAGCUCCGCGAGCACCUCGCCCCAGAUUAUUACGAGACUUUACUGAACGUGGCCAAAGAGAAACCGAACCCGGCCUCCAAACAGAUCGAGCUGGACCUGCUCAGAACUUUACCCAACAACAAGCACUACUCGUCCCCCAGUGCCGCCGGGAUCCAGAAACUCCGCAACGUCCUCACGGCGUUCUCCUGGAGGAACCCUGACAUCGGAUACUGCCAGGGACUCAACCGACUGGCAGCCAUCGCUUUGCUGUACCUGGACCAAGAGGACGCCUUCUGGACGCUCAUCGCCAUCGUAGAAGUUUUCAUGCCGAGGGAUUAUUACACCAAAACUCUGCUCGGCUCACAGGUGGACCAGCGCGUGUUCAAGGACCUGAUGAGCGAGAAACUGCCCAGACUCCACGCCCACUUCGAGCAGCACAAAGUGGACUUCUCCCUCAUCACGUUCAACUGGUUCCUGGUGGUUUUCGUGGACAGUGUGGUGAGCGACAUCCUCUUCAAGAUCUGGGACGCCUUCCUGUACGAGGGGCCCAAGAUCAUUUUCCGCUUCGCCCUCGCUCUGUUUAAGUACAAAGAAGAAGAGUUUCUGAAGCUGCAGGAUUCCACGGCCAUUUUCAAAUAUCUCCGGUAUUUCACCCGCACCAUCCUCGACUCCAGGAAGCUGAUGUCCAUGGCGUUCGUGGACAUGAACCCGUUCCCCAUGAGGCAGAUCCAGAGCCGCCGCGCGUUCCACCUGGAGAAGGUUCGUCUGGAGCUGAACGAGCUGGAGGCCAUCAGGCAGACCUUCCUCCGAGAGCGCGAGAGCAGCCAGGACGGCCGCAGCUUCGUCAGCGAUGACGACGAGGACAACUAAACACACCUCAAAACCACCACAGACUUUUACCCCGACCCCGACCCUCACUAUCAGUAUUCCGGCCAUUUACUUAAUUAGUGUUAGUACUUUUUGUCAGUAUAUAUCGCGUUCCACUCUGCGUCCGUCGCCUGACCAGCCAGAUUUUACUUCCUUCUGUUUAAAUCCUGAAGAGUUUGGGUCCAGACCACAGAACGGGACCGGAGACUCGCCCUCUGUCCGCCACGUUGCAGAGAGGCGAGUUUCAUUGUUGACAAAAGCGCGCGUUUCAUGCUGGGAAUUAUUUUGGUCGGCGGCAAGAAACACUAAUUCAACAUGACGGACGGAGCGAGAAAGCACGUAAAGGGUAUUGAUCCCGGUUAUUUAUCCACUCUAACGGCAGAGGACCCAAGACCAUUUGACCAGAAAUUGGUCAUAAGCAUCGACGGACGACAAAUCACCCUUUUCAACCCCGACAAAAGGUGGAACAAACCAAAUUUCUGGUCAGAAUCGCCAACUACCUGGACAAAUAUUCACUUGGGCGACAUCCACAAUGACUUGGUGGAAACUCCUGGGCCAUUCACAGCAGAAAAGAUGAAAACCUCCAAGAGUCUCGAUGUGUUGUUGAACUUGUUGGAGUCCACGGUUUGUUAGGAUCUUCUACGUUUGCUCUGCGGAUGUUUGAAAGUCGUUUAAUUCACCGUUAGUGGUUCUUUUCACUCAGAAUACGAAAAAGACAUUUUCCUUCUUCCGUGCUUCUAUUUGUGCGUCCGAUAAUGCAGCAGGAAUUUACCAUUAUCGGGGAUAAAUACACGAGGUUACGCACUGUGUUUGACGCUACCGUGUUUCUUGCCUCCGACCAAAAUAUUUCCCAGCAGCAACGCGGGCUUUUAAUAACAAUGACGUCAGCUGAAACUCGCCUAUAGGAAGCGCAAAAUCCAGUCCAAUCCACUUUACUUUAUUUCUGUAGCACAACAAACUAUUUCCAAAAUGCAGCACAAAUACAUAAUAAAUAAUAAAAUAAUAAAAAUAAAAAUAUUAUAUAAAAAUAAUAAUAAAUAAUAAAUAUAAUGAUAAAUAAAUACAAUAAAUAAUAUAAAUUUAAAUAUAAUAUAAUACAUAAUAAAAUGAUAAAAUCAACACUCAGAUUUAAUCAUACUCGUCUUAAAACAAUAAAUCCAGUAAAAUAAAAGGGGAGCAAAAACCAUAGAAUAACAAUAAAUAAAUAAAUAAAUAAAUAAAAGACACAACUCAUGCAGUGUUAAAAACCAGAGAGUAAAAGUGGGUUUUAAGAGACUAAAACGAGACUAAAACAGGACGAAAACAGGACAAUACUGUUUUCAAUCCUGGUCUGGUCCCAGUCCUAGUCCUGGUCUCAGUCCCGUUCUGGUUUCUGUCUGGUCCCGGACCUUGAUUAGUCCUGUUUUAGUCCUGGUUCAGGCCGUCAUCGACCAUCUGACCAGAACGGAAGAAACAUCUGGGACGAGCUGUGAAACGUCUAAAACAUCUAAAACUUUUGUCCAGUUUCAGAUUUUCAUUUUUCCUUUUUUUGCUCUGGCUCAGACCUGGUACGACCGAGGGACUACGCAAACAUCUCUCUGAUUGGUUAAUCCACCUGUCAAUCACUCCCAAACGAAAUCAGGCACAGGUUAAGGCUCUAAACUCGUACUCGCUCUCAUCUUUUUAAAGUUUUGUCUCGUUUCUGGCUGGUCAGGCGACUCUGUGCAGUGUGGAAGCUCACGUUCUUCAAUCGGUUUUUGCACAUGUGGCUGUUUUUUUACACGAGCGGCCAUUUUAUCUGUUGAAGGAGUUUUUUAUCACCUUGUAUAAUCUUUGUAGGUAAUUCUUCAUUUUACCUGUUGUUUACCUUGUUUACGACCUGGUUUAUCUUUCUGUUGCUGUUCUUUUCGUCGCACUUUCUUCCCGUUGCUGAAUCGUUCCGCGUUGCUGAGAGUCUUAAAAAAAAAAAAAACGGUGAACAGGUCACAUACGACUCAAGUGUGCGACGUUUCUCGGCUGUCACCGUCGCGCUCGCUUCGUUACGCUGUCGUUCACAAAUACAGAAGGUGUAAUUACAUGAGUUUACCACGAGGGGGCGGUAGAGCUGCGUCUGUUUGCUGAGAAAUCCCAGCGUUCAUGGAUGUAUUCAAAGAGUUUACUAAAAAAGGGUACCACAAAACACACUGCAGAAAGGAAUCUAAAGGUUCAAAUGACUUAAAUUAGUUUUUUUGUUUGUUUAUCAGGAACAAUGCAUCAAAAAAAACACUUAUCUACACAAAAAUGUCAUGUUUUUGUGCCAGUGUUACAAUAAAACACCAAAUUUUUUGUUUAGUCUCGAAUUUUCUACAAGUUUAGUUUGUCAGAUUUACUCUAUCAUAUUUUUCGGAUUAUAAGGAGCAAUAUCAAUAAUGUUGAAUUCUCUCGUCUAUUUUCAUAAGACGAAUUAAGCGAAACAAACGGACGACACUUUAGCCCAGGAGAGUCAAACUCAUUUUGGUCCGGGGGUCGUAUCCAACCGACUUUGAUCCCAAAGUGUCCGGAUCAGAAAACUCAUGUCAUAUAAACCCCAAAAAUAACAAUAAGUUCAAAUAUUUGUGCAGAGAAACACAAAUUUAUUACAGAAAUCUUUUUUAAUUGAUGAACUCUUUCUUUUACAAAAUAUUAUAUUAUGAACAACCUGAAACUUUAAGAUUUAACAUGAACUUGUGUGUAAAUAGGAAUAAGUCCAUUUUUGUUGUAAAAUCCUGCACUCGGCUCCACUUUUCUCAUGUUGGACAUUUUUCUGAUGAGGGUGUCACGGUCAACAGUCAAAACGAUCGUCCUUUAAGAGCGUUUGGAAAGAGACAAGUCUUCAUUUGUGCUGCUCUGGUGGGAGGGGCCACGUACAGAGACGCUGGAGACGCUGCUGUGAUAAACACCACAGAAAAUUAACAAGAUUUUAAUAGAAAAUAUAAUUACAAUAUUUGAGUAGAAAAUCAGCCGAGGGCCAGAUUAAAGGUCUUGGAGGGCCGGACCUGGCCCCCGGGCCGUAUGUUUGACACCCUUGAUUUAGACUGAGUCCUGAGUCCUUAGUCCAGGCGUCCACGAUCCAUCGGCAGAUCGUGGUGUAAUUCGCCGGCGUUUCCUCUCUGUCUUGGUGAAUGUUUUUUAUGAAUGUGAAUGUGGGUGGAUCAUUUAAGUUUGUUUUUUUAUUUCCUAUGAGGACGACUCAAAUAUACACUGACUACCGUAUUUUUCAGACUAUAAGCCGCCGUAUAAGUCACACCAGCCCAAAAAAUGCGUAAUAAAGAAGAAAAAACAUAUAAGUCACACUUUUUGGAGGAAAUUCCAGGAGCCGACAUUUCCUGUGUAAAGUCAAGUUGUAGUAAAAACAAAAGAAGAGAACAACAGACUGUUAACGUCACAUAUGAACAGUUCUUCAGAUAAACUACAACAUAAACAACAGAACAGAACAAGUUUAACAAACUCUCCAUCUCACUCCAAAUCACUAAAUCCAUUCAAUUCUUCAUCCUCGGUGUCACUUCUGAACAACUCGGCCUCGACCUCCGGAGGUAAACAGAGCGACGCAAACUCUUCUGUGUCGCUGUCGUCAGACUCAGCAUCAGUUCCAGUUAGAAUUAUUCGGGUCUUUCUGAAUCCCGACAGGAUGGUUUCGGUGUCACUGAAGUCCAGGCUUUGUCCAUCCAUCCAGUGACUUCAGGAGAGUUUCAUGGUUCAUCCUCCCGGUUCCCGUGAAGUUGUGUUCUCCAUCCUCGCUUUCUGCCAGUCCCUCACAAGUUUCUCUCUCACUCCAAACUUUAUUUCUGCUGCUUGUUUACUGUUUUUGGCUGAAUAUUUCGCGACUUGCAGCAGGACAGAGGCUCUUUCUGCAGGAGACAUGCGCAGUAGAGCCAAGUGACAGUGGUACAGGAGGAACAGGAGCAGCAGAAACUGACACACAAGACUAGAACCUCUCCACACUUCACUGUGAACAUUUUAAUAUAGAAGUCACAUCGGAAACACCCAAACCAUGAAAAAAAGUGCCCCUUAUAGUCCGAAAAAUACAGUAAUAAUGUGUUUAAUGCAGCCUUUUCACAUUUGUUUACAUUUUACAGAAACAAAACUUAAACCCACAUGGCUCAUUUUCAUUUAUUUUUUAAUAUAUAUAUAUAAAAAAUCUCUACAUAGGCCAUGGUACGAUACAUAUCUCAUAUACAGUGCACUUUCGAUUCGAUACGGUUUUAAAAAAGUCUUUGUUAAACCACUUCUUGUGCAACACAAACAUUUUAAUCAUCAAAACUGUGAAAAUGUCAAAUGCGUUGCUUAGACAAGUUUUUUUUCCACUAAACAAACCACAAAACUGUAGCUGUAACAAAAUAAUUUAGUAAAAUAUACCAAAAAAAGUACUCUUGGUGAUAUAUCGAUACAGUAUCAUCACAUUAAACGAUACGAUAUAUUGAUAUUUUCAUAUUUUUGCACACGCCUACCGGUGACCAGACUCACAUCUUCACAUUUUUAUACAGAAUUGAAGAAGUGUGUUUACUCUUGAUCCUAAAAAAUAUGAAUUCAAGUCAUUUAAACGUUGCCAGGUUGGACUUUCUGCAGUGUGAUUCUGUAUUUGAGCCGAGUACUGUUUCACAUUCACGUGUUUUUCCAAAUAUUUACCCAGGGCGAAAACCGUACGAUGCUGAAAAGUGUUUUUGAUUGUAUUUUCUUAAAUCUUUUUUAUACACACUCGCUCUGUGCCUCUGUGCCUUGUUCAGACUUUGCCCAGCUGUAUUUCGCUCUUGUGAAACGUUUGAGCGGAGAGUAGAAGUAGAAGGCGGUGGGAGCAGGUCUCUCGCUCUCGUACGUUUUAGUUUGAGUUUGGGUUUUCACAAGUUCGUUCAUGAUUCGUAUUUCACAGCGGAUAAGCUACGACUCUUUUACCUGUGGAAGUUUAUUUGUUUCGUCAGAUUUUGAAUGAAUUUUUAAACGGCGUCGAAUUUCUCUCUUUGGAUUUUUUAACUCUGUUUGAAUUAUUUUUAUUCUGAAUCUUUAGUCGCUGAAAUUUUCCGUGUACUUUUUCAAUAAACAACAAAAAUGUCACCUUUUUAAAUAUUCAGCACAAAUAUUUUCAAGCCGUCAAAUUCCACUGUCAAAAUUCAGAGCGUGAAAUUCGUGGUGAAAAAAAAUUUGCAAGAAAAAUCAUGGACUGUAUUUUAUUUGCUGAAAUUUUAAGAGUACGUUUAUCAUUAUCAUAGUGUUUAAAAAUCUGAAUAAAAAAAAAAAAUUCUAUCUUCAAGCCCUCAAAUUCUAAAGUCAAAAGAUCCAAAAUGCAAAGGCAAAAGCAAUCGAACCAAAAUAAUACAAUCUAAUUUAGUAACGAGCAGGAAAUGGUGCAGUGAAUCGAUCUGAUUGGUCAGAAUUAUUCUCAUCAAAACCUCAUUUAUUUUCUUUCUUUUUUUUUUUUUUCUUAUUUUAUUUCGGGUUCUGUCGUCUUCGCUCACACAGGACCGAUUGAUCGAUUGCUUCUGCCUUGGCAUAUUGGAACUUUGAAUUUUUUCACUGCGAAUUUUACACUCGACAAGUAAAAUUCAGAAUAAAAAUAAUCCAAACAUCUUUUUUACAAGUUAAAAAAAACCAAAGUGAGAAAUUCAGCGGGAUUUUAAAAUUCCAAAUCUGAUGAAAAAUGAUCUUCCACACGUCUCUGCUUUCUUAUCACACAGAGUAUUACGCACUUUGUCUUUUGUAUCGAUCACUUUGAGAAUCAGUAUCUUUUCUGUUACAAAAUCGUAUUUGUCAAUCAAUAAACAUCAGCUGACUGAAAGUGUU